UGGAUUUGGGAAAAUGGCUGCAAGCACGGCGCAAAGAGAGGCGAGCCCAGAGGAAGGCGCCCCAGAAGAUGAGGGUCCCUCCCUCCUUUCUUUCAGAGGCGCUCGGAUGCCUCGAGCGCCGGCGGGGUACCCGAGUGUAGUCACUCAAGAAAUAGAACAGAAUUCAGCCAUGGCCCCAAGGAAGAGAGGUGGACGGGGGAUUUCAUUCAUCUUUUGCUGUUUCCGCAAUAAUGAUCACCCAGAAAUCACGUAUCGGCUGCGAAAUGAUAGCAACUUUGCACUUCAGACCAUGGAGCCAGCGUUACCCAUGCCCCCUGUGGAGGAGCUGGACGUCAUGUUCAGUGAACUCGUGGAUGAACUUGACCUCACAGACAAACACAGGGAGGCCAUGUUUGCACUUCCAGCUGAGAAAAAAUGGCAAAUAUACUGUAGCAAGAAAAAGGAUCAGGAAGAAAACAAGGGAGCGACAAGUUGGCCUGAAUUCUACAUUGAUCAGCUCAAUUCCAUGGCUGCUAGAAAAUCUCUGCUCGCAUUAGAGAAGGAAGAAGAAGAAGAAAGAAGUAAAACUAUAGAGAGCUUGAAGACAGCACUAAGGACAAAACCAAUGAGGUUUGUAACCAGAUUCAUCGACUUGGAUGGCCUGUCAUGUAUUCUCAACUUUCUAAAGACCAUGGACUACGAGACCUCGGAGUCUCGCAUACAUACCUCUCUCAUUGGAUGUAUAAAAGCACUAAUGAACAACUCUCAAGGUCGGGCUCAUGUCCUGGCUCAUUCUGAGAGUAUUAAUGUAAUUGCUCAGAGUCUGAGCACAGAGAACAUUAAAACGAAGGUGGCUGUGCUGGAAAUCUUGGGCGCCGUGUGCCUGGUUCCCGGGGGCCACAAGAAGGUUCUGCAGGCCAUGCUGCACUACCAGAAGUACGCCAGCGAGAGAACCCGCUUUCAGACAUUAAUUAAUGACUUGGAUAAAAGCACAGGGCGGUAUCGGGAUGAAGUGAGUCUCAAGACUGCCAUCAUGUCCUUCAUCAAUGCAGUGCUGAGCCAAGGCGCAGGCGUGGAAAGUUUGGACUUUAGACUUCACCUGCGCUAUGAAUUUCUGAUGUUAGGAAUUCAACCUGUCAUAGAUAAACUAAGAGAACAUGAAAAUUCAACAUUAGAUAGGCAUUUAGACUUUUUUGAAAUGCUCCGAAAUGAAGAUGAACUAGAAUUUGCCAAAAGAUUUGAACUGGUUCACAUAGACACAAAAAGUGCGACUCAGAUGUUUGAGCUGACCAGGAAGAGGCUGACCCACAGUGAAGCUUACCCUCACUUCAUGUCUAUCCUGCACCACUGCCUCCAAAUGCCUUACAAGAGAAGUGGCAACACCGUUCAGUACUGGCUCCUACUAGAUAGAAUUAUACAGCAAAUAGUUAUCCAGAAUGACAAAGGACAGGACCCUGACUCCACACCUUUGGAAAACUUUAAUAUUAAGAAUGUCGUACGGAUGUUGGUUAAUGAAAAUGAAGUCAAGCAGUGGAAAGAACAAGCAGAAAAAAUGAGAAAAGAGCACAAUGAACUACAACAGAAAUUGGAAAAGAAAGAGAGAGAAUGUGACGCCAAGACCCAAGAGAAGGAGGAGAUGAUGCAGACCUUAAAUAAAAUGAAAGAGAAGCUUGAAAAGGAGACCACUGAGCAUAAGCAAGUCAAGCAGCAGGUGGCGGAUCUGACGGCCCAGCUGCACGAGCUCAGCAGGAGGGCUGUCUGUGCUUCAAUCCCAGGUGGACCUUCGCCUGGGGCCCCAGGGGCACCCUUUCCCUCCUCUGUGCCAGGGUCUCUCCUUCCUCCCCCACCGCCCCCACCUCUGCCAGGAGGAGUGCUUCCUCCUCCUCCUCCUCCCCUCCCCCCAGGGGGGCCUCCCCCUCCCCCAGGGCCUCCUCCCUUGGGGGGAAUCAUGCCACCUCCUGGUGCUCCGCUGGGUCUGGCACUAAAGAAGAAGAACAUUCCUCAGCCCACCAAUGCCCUGAAAUCCUUCAACUGGUCCAAGCUGCCGGAGAACAAGCUGGAAGGAACAGUAUGGACUGAAAUUGAUGAUUCAAAAGUCUUCAAAAUUCUAGAUCUUGAAGACCUGGAACGAACUUUCUCUGCCUACCAAAGACAGCAGGACUUCUUUGUGAGCAGUAACUCCAAGCAGAAAGAAGCAGAUGCCAUCGAUGACACACUGAGUUCCAAACUAAAAGUCAAAGAGCUUUCGGUGAUUGAUGGUCGGAGAGCUCAGAAUUGCAACAUCCUUCUAUCAAGGUAUUGUCUCUUGAAAUUUGUUCCUGAAAAAAGUGACAUUGACCUUCUGGAGGAACAUAAACAUGAGCUGGAUCGGAUGGCCAAGGCUGACAGGUUCCUCUUUGAGAUGAGCCGAAUUAAUCAUUAUCAGCAAAGAUUGCAGUCGCUGUACUUCAAAAAGAAGUUUGCAGAGCGUGUUGCAGAAGUUAAACCUAAAGUGGAAGCGAUCCGCUCUGGCUCAGAAGAGGUGUUUAGGAGCAGUGCCCUGAAGCAGUUGCUGGAAGUGGUUUUGGCAUUUGGAAAUUACAUGAAUAAAGGCCAAAGAGGCAAUGCAUAUGGAUUCAAGAUAUCCAGCCUAAACAAGAUUGCUGACACAAAAUCCAGUAUUGACAAGAACAUUACACUUUUGCACUAUCUCAUAACUAUUGUGGAAAAUAAAUACCCCAAGGUUCUCAACCUAAAUGAAGAACUGCGGGACAUUCCUCAAGCAGCAAAAGUAAACAUGACGGAGCUGGACAAAGAAAUAAGCACCUUGAGAAGUGGCCUGAAAGCGGUGGAGAUGGAGCUGGAAUAUCAGAAGUCUCAGCCCUCGCAGCCUGGAGACAAAUUUGUGUCCGUUGUCAGCCAGUUCAUCACAGUGGCCAGCUUCAGCUUCUCUGAUGUUGAAGAUCUUCUAGCAGAAGCUAAGGAUCUGUUUACUAAAGCAGUGAAACACUUUGGGGAAGAGGCUGGCAAAAUGCAGCCAGAUGAGUUCUUUGGCAUUUUCGAUCAGUUUCUUCAAGCUGUGUCAGAAGCCAAACAAGAGAAUGAAAACAUGCGAAAGAGGAAGGAGGAGGAAGAGCGCCGAGCGCGCAUGGAAGCUCAGCUCAAAGAACAACGUGAAAGGGAACGUAAAAUGAGGAAAGCUAAGGAGAACAGCGAGGAAGGCGGCGAGUUCGAUGACCUGGUUUCAGCUCUGCGCUCGGGAGAAGUGUUUGACAAAGACCUCUCUAAACUGAAGCGGAAUCGCAAGCGCAUUACCAACCAGAUGACGGACAGCAGCCGCGAGAGACCAGUCACAAAACUUAAUUUCUAAUUUUCCUUGAAUCCUUUUUUAGAAAGCUCAUUAGCAGCCCUUUGAAGUGACUAGAACUUUUCAUUACACUGCCUUGCAAUCCGAACAGUGGCAAUUUCUCCUUUCAUCUGUGAGUGCAGGUGUGAGUGUGUGUGUAUGUAAAUGUAUGUGUAUAUGUAUAUUAAAAAUGUAUAUAGAAGUCUGAGUGUUAUAUGGAGACCUAUCUGUAUGGUUUUUAAAAACCUACGUUACUGUUUGUGCCCAGAAGCCCUUGGUGUAUGCAUUCAUAUUGAGUGUGGCUCGUCUUCUUCCCUGAACACCACGCCUGUUCAGAAGCACAAUACUAUCUCCUGAAAGAGAUGACAGAGACAUUCCCUAGAGUAAAGAGACACACAAAAAAGCUUGAAAUAUUAUGAGGUCUCCAAGCUUGGUGUGCUCUGGAAUUAUUUUCAUUGGUGAAACCGGUGUUGGAAAGAUACAGAUUUAAAGUGGUUUUGGUGGUUGCCCAUGUGAUGCCGGUGCAUCGCUGCAGGACCUGACAGGGCGAGCUCAGAUUUCUGACGUGGGUGUAGGGAGGCGUCUGUAACUGUUCAUGGAGGACAUCUUGCACACAAUCUGAAUUAUGUAGAAUGUCAGUCAGAAUCUUUUCAUCUAUUUAAAACUUGGACAUCAAUUUUUUUUUUCUUAAUUUCACUGAGUUCUCUGCCAAGCAUCCUAAUGAUUUCUUUACAUUGCUUUUGGGAAGAACACUAUCUAGAUGCAAUCUGUGCUCUUGUUAAAGAAAAAGACUGCCGGAGUGUGCUUGUUCUAACAAUAAAUAAAAUUCCCACCCAAGACCUAAAAGGAGGGAUUCUCUGAAGGAUUAAAAAUUAUUUUUAAAAUUGUUUAUGGGGUGCCUUCCCCUUUUUUUUGGUAUUAUCUAUUUUCAGUCUUUUUUAGGACAAGCUGCGUCUUCUGUAAAUAUAGGUCUGGACUAAAGAAUACUUAGUAAAUGCACAAAAUGUCAACAACACCAACAGAGAUGCCGAGAUCUGUUUAGCUCUAAGUAUGUCUGAAGUGCUUUCCUGUUAUAUGUUGUCAUUUUUAAUUGUGUGUCAGUAAAGCUACCUGUAAAACUUCAGUCCAAAAGAUAAAGCUCUCAGGGAGAAAUGGAUAAAAACAAUGAACAUUAGAAAAUAAAAUAUAGAUACUUGCCAUUAACCUACCAACUCUUAAUAUCUUUAAAUUAUAUGGUAUAUAAAGGGGGCUGUUACUUUUUUUUUUGGCUUUGCUUUAUUUAUUUGUAGUGGGGGAGGAGGGCUAAGGGUCUCUUUUCUUUCCAUCUAUCAUGUUGUGGUUGGGUUUCCUGUGGAGAGAGUAGUUUGUCCUGUUGCACUAGAACAUUAUUUACUCACUAAAUUGAGUUUUUCAGUCAAUUAACAAAUAUUUAUUAAACACCUACUAUGUGCCAAGCAUAGUAGGGCUACAAUGGUAAGCAAGACAGAGCCUCUGCCCCCAAGGAACUCAUGUUCUAAUGGGGAUGUUAGGGGUGAAUAAAAUACCAAUGCGUGCGCUGUACAGGAAUUGUGCUAUUUAAAAAUAGUUUGUAUAAACUAUAAUGCUUAGCGCGGACGGCAAGGUCCCUGCGCUGUGUGGAAGCUGUGAAAUAAUGCUCUAAGCGUUGUCAAGAGCUGUGGUUUUCAUUUUCCCCUUCAUUGCAAACUUAGUGACUUUCUACGAUUAAUGGAAGUAAAUGACUAGCAAAUAAAACAUAAAUACACAGCAGAGGUUGGGCUCCCCCAACCUUUAGUUACCAAGGUCUGCAAAUACACCACGUUAAAGGUGCAGGCAGAGACUGUUCAAAAAAGGCUUGGAGAUGAGGAGGAGUGGGAUAUGCUGAUGGAUUUGUCUAUUCCUUAACUAAAGUGCCUCUAUAUAUAUUCUUUUCUAUUUAUAGCAGGAGAAUUUGGUCUGGCUCCAUUUGGGGACUGCAUUUUGAAAAUGGCUUUAUUUUACAGUUUAAGGAAUAGACAAGUGGUUGGAGAGUCACUAAAGGAGCAAGCUGUGUGUCGUGUCCCUGGUGCCCUUUCCAAUCAUCCUCAUUUUGAGAUGACCAUCCUGGUUUACCUCCUAUGCCAUUUCCAUUUUUGGUUUCUUUCCCCAAAAGCUGUGUGCAGGUAAUUCCAUGUGCCAUUGUUGGAAAAAAAAAAAUCUACUUUUUUAGAUUGGUGCUGGUGUAAGUAGCCACUUUUCUCUCUUGGAUGUGUAUUUUAAAGUUUGUGUUUUUUUAAAUUAAUGCCAAAAAGAAAAAGCAUUAUAAUUUGUAAACUUAAUUGUAUGUCUUGUAUCUUAUUAGCUUAGUAGUUGGACCCACUUAGUCUUUAGGUGCAAAACUGUUGCUAUAGUACCAAGAAGAAAAUGUUGUAUGUGUUAUGAAAUUGUACAUUUUUUAAAUAGCAAUAUGCAAUAAAGAGAUGAAUUCAUUGGG